UGAAAAAACGUUUUUCAUGUGAAAUUUGUGGUGAAAAAUUUAAUCCUCAAAACUUCUUUAGUUCGUCAUAAACAAACUCAUUUAUUUAAUCAACCAAGUGGUUUAAAUUUAAUCGAUGAAGUUAUUUAACGGCGAAAAUGAUUUGAUGGUAUAGAUUAUUUGAAAAAUGCAAUAAAAUUGAAGAAAAAUUUACGAAAAAUUAUUCCAGAAGAAAUAAAGGAGUAAAUAUGGAGCAAGUAUUCGUUAAAGAGGAAAAAUUUGAAGAAGAAUUAACGAAAAAUGAAAUUGUAGCAGAAAAAAAUGUUCACAAUAAAGAAGAUAUGGAGCAAGUAUUGAUUAAAGAGGAAAAAUUUGAAGAAAAUGAGUCAAUGGAACAUGAACUAAUUACAGCUGAGAAUGAAACCGAUAAAUUAAAAGAUAACAUUGCUUCAAAUUCUCAUCAAAAUAAAACAUUUGCAUGUGAAAUUUGUAGUAAAAAAUUUAGUUUACAAAGUGCUUUAAUUAUCCACAAACGAACUCAUACUGGCGAAAAACCAUUUUCAUGUGAAGUUUGUGACAAAAAAUUUAAUCAAAAAAAUAAUUUAAAUAAACAUAAAAUGAUUCAUACUGGAGAAAAACCAUUCUCUUGUGAAAUUUGUAGCAAAAAAUUUGUUCAAAAAGGUGAUGCAAUUAAACAUACACGUAUUCAUACCGGGGAAAAAUCAUUUUCAUGUGAAAUUUGUGGCAAAAAGUUUAGUCAGCAAAUUGUGUUAAUUAUCCACAAACGAACUCAUACUGGAGAAAAACCAUUUCCAUGUGAAGUUUGUGGCAGAAAAUUUAGUCAACAUAGCUCGUUAAAGACACAUAAAUUAACUCAUACUGGGGAAAAAACAUUUUCAUGUGAAGUUUGUGACAAAAAAUUUAGUCUGCAAAGUGUUUUAAUUGUUCACAAACGAACUCAUACGGGAGAAAAACCAUAUUCAUGUGACGUUUGUGACAAAAAAUUUUCUCAACAUAGUGCGUUAAAACUACAUAAAGUAACUCACACUGGAAUAAAAACAUUUUCAUGUGAAGUUUGUGAAAAGAAAUUUAACAAACAAACAAUUUUAAAUCGACAAGAAAAUGAAUUUGAAGAUGAUUUAGUAAAAGAAAUACCAGAAUCAAGUUUCAAUCCUGAAGAUUAUAUGAAUGAUAUCAGAAAAUUUUCCACUCAACGAUACGAAGCAAUUGCAUUGAAAAAAAUUAACGACGAAAUAAUUUCAUUUGAAAUUGAUGAUUCUAUGAGUUCUGAUCAAGACGAUAUUUAUUAUUUUUCAAGAAAAUUUAUUAUUAUUGGUGAAUUAUCACAAGAAAUUAUUGAAGAUGUCGAUAAAACAGUUCAUGACAAUCUUUUGAAUGUCCUCAAAAAUUUUCGUGAUAUAAGAGAUUUUUUCAUACAUCGUCAAUUAUUAAUGAAUAAUUCUAAGAAAUUACAUACGAUUAUUAACAAUAUAAAAAGUGAAACGAAGUUCACGGAGUCAGCUAAAGUUGGUAAUAAAAAUUCGGUUAAAACUGAUGUUGCUGCUAAUAGUGCCAUUUCAACCACGAAAUUAUUGAAUAAUUUAAAAUGUAAAAUAAUUUUGGCUUCUAAAACUAUUAAAGAUUUUGAAGAGUCAUUGGAAACAUUAAAUAAUGAAUAUCAGAAUGGAAAGGACAAAACGAAUAAUGUGGAACAAAUGAAUGAUGAAAAUCGUGAUAAAGAGUUAAAGAGAACACGUUCUAGAAUAACGGAAAUUUUAAAAAAUAUUCAUGAUGAAAUUCUAUAUUUAGUGAAAAUGGAAAAACAAGAAAAUAUUAAUGAAAAACAAAAGUAUAUUAUGGAACAAAUUGUCUCAAUAAUAGGUCAAUAUCGUAGAGAUUUAGAUGACGCAUACAGUACGUUAAUAAAGUUUGACGCUGAUGAUUUCAUUUCACCAUUACCAUCAAAUAUUAGUCACGACGCAAGUGCUUCAGCAAAAUAUGCAAGAUCUAAUGAAUUAGCUCAUGAUAUAUUUUCUUUAAAUAGAAAUUCAUUGAAUCAAAGAAUUACAGAUGAUAUAUUACCCGCACUAUCUGAUUUUUAUUCCAUAUCUCGAAUAUAUGAAUAUGAAUAUCAUAAUAAUAAUAUUCCUAAAUCGGUUCAAGAGUACAUGAAUUUAGGAUUUUAUUAUUCCUAUUUUCAAAUGACCAACGAAAGUAUUAAAUAUUUCGAAUUGGCUAUCAAAAGAAUCGAGGAAGUAAAUACAAUAGAAUUUUCAGAAAUUGAACAAAUAUUGAUUAAAAUAUUGGGUUUUGGAAUGGCUUGUUAUCGUUUUGUUAUCGAACAAGGGUUAGUCACUGAAUCGGAAAAACGGAUAAAAUAUUUAAAUCAAACCGUGGAAAUUAUAAAACCGUACAUAGAUCAAGUAAAAUUAUGUGUUCCAAUUCUUUUAAGUGAAUUAGGUAGUGAAUGUCAAAAAUUAGGUCACAAAUGCAUUUCGUGUGGUAAUCUAAACGAUGCUGUUGAAAAUUAUCGACAGUCAAUCGAUUAUCUUAAACAAAUUGAUUUAGGUGUAGUUUUAAAAUCUCAGAAGAAAUGCAAGGCCUAG